AAGAGGAUUUUGGGGUGAAAAUAGCAGAUUUUGGGAGCUGGGAGGAAAUCGUGAAGUAAAAAAGUGCAGAUUUUGAGGUGAAAAUGCAGGUUUUGGGCUCUGGGGCAGAUUUUCAGGAUUCGGAGGAAAUUCUGAGCUCCCUCCGGACACUCCCGAACGCUCCCGAACGGUCCCGAACCUCUCCGGACACUCCCGAACCUCACCGGACCCUCCCGAACGCUCCCGAACCUCUCCGGACACUCCCGAACCUCACCGGACCCUCCCGAACGCUCCCGAACCUCUCCGGACACUCCCGAACCUCUCCGGACCCUCCCGAACACUUCCGGACACUCCCGAACACUUCCGGACACUCCCGAACACUCUCGGACACUUCGGACACUCGUGCCACCCCCGCUGUGACGAUGUCGCCUCCCGUGCCCGCGCUGACCCCGGAGCAGAAGAAGGAGCUGGCGGCGAUCGCCCAGCGCAUCGUGGCACCGGGCAAGGGCAUCCUGGCCGCCGACGAGUCCACUGGCAGCAUCGCCAAGCGGCUGAGCCAGACUGGUUUAUACUGGUCCAUAGUGGUUUAUACUGGCAGCAUCGCCAAGCGGCUGAGCCAGACUGGCAGCAUCGCCAAGCGGCUGAGCCAGACUGGUUUAUACUGGUCCAUAGUGGUUUAUACUGGUCCAUACACCAUCGCCAACGCUGAGCCAGACUGGUUAUACUGGUCCAUAGGAUCCAUAGUGGUUAUACUGGUGAAUCAGCAGCAUCGCAAGCGUGAGCUCGUGGCGCGAAACACGGGGAGAACCUGGCGUGGUACGCAUGUGUCACGGCGACAAGCGGUGGACCUGCAUGGCGGCGUCAUCUGUCACGAGACCAUUACAGAAGGCCGACACGGGGCUUCCCCAGUCAUAGGACAAGGCGCUGGUGGGCACAAAGGUGGCCGUGCCGUGUCCCGCUGUCCCCUGACGCCGUCCCCUCCCCAGGUUGACAAGGGCGUGGUGCCCCUGGCCGGCACCAACGGCGAGACCACGACCCAGGGGCUGGACGGGCUGAUGGAGCGCUGUGCCCAGUACAAGAAGGACGGCGCUGACUUUGCCAAGUGGCGCUGCGUGCUCAAGAUCACGGCGCACACGCCCACGCGCCUGGCGGUGAUGGAGAACGCCAACGUGCUGGCGCGCUACGCCAGCAUCUGCCAGCAGAACGGCAUUGUCCCCAUCGUGGAGCCCGAGAUCCUCCCCGACGGUGACCACGACCUCAAGACGUGCCAGUACGUCACCGAGAAGGUGCUGGCCGCCGUGUACAAGGCGCUCAGUGACCACCACGUGUACCUGGAGGGGACGCUGCUGAAGCCCAACAUGGUGACAGCGGGACACGCCUGUGCCACCAAGUACAGCCCCGAGGAGAUCGCCAUGGCAACGGUCACCGCGCUGAGGAGGACAGUGCCACCCGCCGUGCCCGGGAUCACGUUCCUGUCGGGUGGCCAGAGCGAGGAGGAGGCCUCCAUCAACCUGAACGCCAUCAACCGGUGCCCGCUGCCGCGGCCCUGGGCGCUGACCUUCUCGUACGGCCGCGCCCUGCAGGCCUCGGCCCUCAAGGCCUGGGCCGGCAAGAAGGACAACACCAAGGCGGCCCAGGAGGAGUACGUGAAGAGAGCCCUGGCCAACUCCCUGGCGUGCCAGGGCAAGUACACCCCCAGUGGCACCGCGGGGGCGGCGGCCAGCGAGUCCCUGUUCGUGUCCAACCACGCCUACUGAGAGAUGGACAUCACUGACCAUCCAUGGACACCACUGACCAUCACUGACCAUCACUGACCAUCCAUGGACCUCCCCUGGACACCCACUGACCAUCACUGACCGCCCCAUCCAUCCACACCCACUGCCCAGCGAGUCCCUGUUCGUGUCCAACCACGCCUACUGAGAGAUGGACAUCUGCUGGACAUCACUGACCAUCACUGACCAUCCAUGGACCUCCCCUGGACACCCACUGACCAUCACUGACCAUCACCGACCAUCACUGACCGCCCCAUCCAUCCACACCCACUGCCCAGCGAGUCCCUGUUCGUGUCCAACCACGCCUACUGAGAGAUGGACACCUGCUGGACACCACUGACCAUCCAUGGACACCACUGACCAUCACUGACCAUCCAUGGACCUCCCCUGGACACCCACUGACCGCCCCAUCCAUCCACACCCACUGCCCAGCGAGUCCCUGUUCGUGUCCAACCACGCCUACUGACCACCAUGGACAGCACUGACCAUCCAUGGACACCACUGACCACCAUGGACACCACUGACCAUCACUGACCAUCACCGACCAUCACUGACCAUCCAUGGA